GGAGGGCCGGGGCGGACCGCGAGUCUGUCGCCGCCGAGUCUGCGGAGGCCGCUGGGCCGCGCGCUGUCCGCGCAGGCGGGAACGGGCGGGGCCGGGAGGCGCGGGGCCCUGUCCUGUCACCAACUUUCCCGCGCCGGUGGUGUUAAUAUGCGUCCCGGACUUUGAGUUCAUUCCCACCCAGAGUUACCUGGGCCGGCUGUAAAUGGCCUUAGCCGACACCACCCACAGGGCUCAGCUGUGGGCUCCCAGGCCUAGGCGCCCAUGACCCCUAAGCUGCCCACGCCUGGACACUGCCACCACAAGCUAGCGCCACCGCCGGGACCAAUGCCGGUCAUGCCCAUCCCCCGGCGGGUGCGCUCUUUCCACGGCCCGCACACCACCUGCCUCCACGCGGCCUGCGGGCCCGUGCGCACCUCCCACCUGGCCCGCACCAAAUACAACAACUUCGACGUCUACGUUAAGACGCGCUGGCUGUACGGCUUCAUCCGCUUCCUGCUCUACUUCAGCUGCAGCCUCUUCACGGCCGCCCUCUGGGGCGCGCUGGCCGCCCUCUUCUGCCUGCAGUACCUGGGCGUGCGCGUCCUGCUGCGCUUCCAGCUGAAGCUGUCGGUGCUGCUGCUGCUGCUGGGCCGCCGGCGCGUGGACUUCCGCCUGAUGAACGAGCUGCUCAUCUACGGCAUCCACGUGACCAUGCUGCUGGUCGGGGGCCUGGGCUGGUGCUUCAUGGUCUUCGUGGACAUGUGAGGGCGCCCCGUGGCCCUCCCCCAACACUCUACUUCCCGAGCCGGCCUGCGCCCCGUUCUGUCCUGGGUGGGGUGGUCAGGGCCCUUUUCCUCUCUGCCCUGCCAGGCCCCCAGGCGACGUCUGCAGCACAGGAGUGAAGUGGUGCUGCCCCAGCUCCCGCGCAGGGGAAAAGGGCUGAGACUCUUCUGUAAUGGGGACACUGGCACCUUCCUCGGGCUGGCUUUCUGCGCUGACCCUCCCUGUGUGCACGUUUGGGGCCGUGUCCCCUGUGGCCACCUACCGGUGGCUGCUGCUUGCACUUUUUCAGGUUGUACUGGAGGGUGGCCAGUCUGUCCUGUCUGCCUCCCUGUGGCCCCCCCACCCCUGUCCUCCCCACGGGACCACGUCUGGUGGUGACUUCAGGCGUCACCAGCAGCUUGGGAGACCCACGGAUACGGUGGGGUCUGCUGCUCAGAAGCAAAUCUGGAGGGGGACCCUCCUGGCCACACAGCCCCCUUCCUCCGCACCUCUGGUCCCAGCCUCAGCCUCAGGAACGCGGGGGCUUCACUAGCUGCUACACCACACUGCCACUAAGCUGUUCCCUCUGCCCUGGGCUGCCUGAGUCCUGGCAGAGCCCAAAGACCACCCUCCUCUCUCACCUGAGGUGGGUCCUGAGUCACUUUGUUUGCUUAGAUGCAGUUUAGCAGGGAGCCACAGAGGGGCUCAGUCGCGAGGGGACCUCAGCAGGUUCCUAGCUUGGGGGCCGGCUCCAGAGCAGACGGUGGCAGACCUGUGUUCAUCCUGGGCAGGGCUGUUGAGAACGCUUAGCGGAUGCUGUAAAUCCCUUCAAUUUCUAGGGAGGCAAUUCCGUUCCUUUCUGGCUUCUGGGGGAGGGGUUGGCCUGUGUUCAAGAGAACACCCGGAAUGGAGACGUUUGUCUCGAGUGUCUGGAUCCGACGGCAGAGGCCCCGAGGCUCAGCGCGGCCCUGGGUGAGCACCAUGGUUACAGGGGCAGACGCGCUGGGCUCCCGGCCGCACGUCCAGUGCCGGUGAAGGGCACGGCUGCCCCUCUGCUCUCGGUGGCGGUCAAGGCCUCUGGGAUGUAAAAAGCCAAAACGACCGUGUGGCAGGGGCUGGUGGGCCAGGGAUGGGCACAGGGACGGAAUUCAGGGUGGGCUUCGACCUUAAGAAGGACACACCUGGGACCCAGGGGCUCCUCAGCCCCCUGGCUCUGACCCUGUCUGUCGGGGGCUGGCAGUCGCUGCAGGCAGAGACAGGCUGCAGGGGAGCAGGACAUGUAGGCCGACACUUGAUUCGCCCCAAAUUGUUGCUCCCUGCCCUCAGCAUGGGUGGUGGCCCCUUUGACCCUGCCCUGCCAGGCAGACCAGUGGCCUGGGGGUGGUUAGGACAGUGUGUGCCACUGGAGGAGACACUUAGAAAAACCCAAAUCAGGUAGAGAAAGCAAAAAAUACUUGGCUGCAAAUCAUGCUGUGUAGUUUGUAGCCGGCUUGUGUUCGCUGAUCUUCCAACUCGAGGUCAGCGGAUGGCCCGGUGGGGCAGCUGCCUGGCUCUGCACGGGUGGGCGAGGAGCUUACCCGAGUGGAUCCCUUUUUGCUGCAGAGAAUCGUUUGCACUAAAUCACGCUGUUUCCUCAAAGAAGCUUUUUGUUGAUUAACUUGUUUCUCAGAACCACCGCAUCCCGAGCUGAGGGUGCAGGUGGGCGCGUGUCUGCGGGGUGGGGUGGCGGGGUCUGGCUGUGCCGCCUGGACCGCGAGCGCACAGUGCAGGAGUCGCGGCCCCUCGUUCCACGCUGCUUUGUGUCCCGGUGCCUGUGAAAUUCUUACUGAGGUGAACCACCUGCAUUAAACCUAUUUUCUUAA